AUGAUUGAGAAUUACUCCGUAUGGCUGCUCUUGUUUGGAGCUUUCGCUUGGUUGCUCCUACGUUUUUCGAAUAGAGCGACUGCGACACACAAGGCGCAGAAAGUCGCAGAUGGUCGCUUAAAUGGCGAUGUUGAUCCUCUUGAUGAGGCACUGGACGCCAUGCACAACUUCUCAGCUGCCGCCCGGGCUUCCACAGCUGGGGCUGCUACUCUAAGGACAGUCUUUCGGAUCAACAACCCUUUCUCAAACGGCUCGGAGGACUUGCGCAAGGCUUACCGACAAGCUCUCACCAAGACAUUUGCCAAAACGGACGGCGACGCUUGGGAUGCCAUUGCACGCGCUGUAUCUGUCUCCGUCCGGAACAUGAUUCUGUCUGAAACUGGUCCUGAUGGCAGUACCAUCUUGAGGGCGAACAUUAUGGAGAUUAGCCGUACCGCAAGCAUGGUGGCCGUGCUCAGAGCACUUUUCAACAUUGACAAUGUCCCAGGACCUACGCUUGCAUACAUCUGUUCCGAGAUUCACCGACUCGGUGUUUGGAAAAAGAAUAUGGACAUGGCCUCAUCUAAUCCAUGCGCGGUUCCCCAGGUCUUUGUGCAGAAUAUGAACCGCCUGGUAAGCUGUCUUCGUGACGUCUUCUCAGAGGCCAAGGAGAAAAACGAUCUAGCACGGCUGCUACUCUGCUCCGUAUCUGGAACUCCUGAGGCUUUCAACCCCCUCGACCUGAUUAUUCCUGCCUUUGAGGCGCCCUGGCGAGCAGUUCUCUAUUCACUGCUAGCUGUACUGCAAGACCGUCCAUCAGCGGUCGACGAGCUGCUGUCUCUCCGCGACUGCCCAGCCCGUCAGCGGCCCUCACCGCAGGCCAAGGCGGUUGUCUAUGAGUCUUUGCGCCUCUAUCCGCCUGUUCGAAGGAUGCGGGUGAGCCAAAAGGCCAAGGCCCUGCAAGUAUUCAGCACUGGCGGUAUCUCUGAUGUUGACCGAACUAUCGACGCCGAAGCCAUCCUUCGAGAUCCAAAGUACUGGGGCCCCACAGCGGCUGAAUGGAAGCCAACACGAUUCCUACGUACAGAUGGAGAAAUUGAUAGCUCGAUACUCAGCCCAAACAUGGCUUGGAUACCGUUUGCCGCUGGAGGAAUGAAGUGCCCGUCAGCAGGGGGGUUCUCUAUUCGUCUGACUGCAGUCGUUGCUGGAGAAGUGCUACGACAGCUGUUCCCGCGCCAUGGCCAGAUGCAGUGGCAUCUAGAAGGUCCGCAGUGGGAUUUAUCUUCAGCAUCAGGUCGCCUCCUUCGACCUGGAAGAGACGAGUAUACGCAUGUUGAUGUGGUUACGCGGAGUGACAGGCUGCAGGCUGCAGGCACCAGACAUGUAGGCACUGAUUAG